GAUCCUACGCCGCCGCCGCGAAGGCGGGGGCGAAGGUUCUGCUUGGGCGGCGAGGAGCGGAUUAGGGGAGGAGGGAAGACCGGAAGCCACGGUCGCGUCCCCAUCCUUAGAUUCGCUCCCCCCGGCUGGGAGCGGAUUCGGAGGCGGAGGGAGAGGCUGGAUGUUGGCUCAGUGAUAAAGAGGAGCGGCCGCUCUGGAGCCUCUUCCCGGGGGGCCCCCCUUCGUCCCGCCCGCUCUCCGCACCCACCCAGCUUCUGAGCGCGCGGCCCCCGCGGACGGCCCAGCUGCGCAGACCUUCGCUGAAGAGGCGCUGCCCGCGGGGAGGACUAACCGGUGGCGUCCGAGGCCCGCGCCCUGCCGCCACCCCCCCGCCUACCAGCCGGUCCCUCCGGCCGCCGCCAUGUCCUCCUCCUCAUCCUCCCCUAGGGAGACGUACGAGGAGGACCGGGAGUACGAGAGCCAGGCCAAACGCCUCAAGACCGAGGAGGGCGAGAUCGACUACUCGGCAGAGGAAGGCGAGAACCGCCGGGAAGCGACGCCCCGGGGCGGGGGCGAUGGCGGCGGUGGUGGCCGGAGCUUCUCACAGCCGGAGGCAGGUGGAAGUCAUCAUAAAGUUUCUGUUUCACCUGUUGUCCAUGUUCGAGGACUCUGUGAAUCUGUGGUGGAAGCAGACCUCGUGGAGGCUCUGGAAAAAUUUGGAACAAUAUGCUAUGUGAUGAUGAUGCCAUUUAAACGGCAGGCUCUAGUGGAAUUUGAGAACGUAGACAGUGCCAAAGAAUGUGUGACGUUUGCUGCAGAUGAACCUGUGUACAUAGCUGGGCAGCAAGCUUUUUUCAACUAUUCUACAAGCAAAAGGAUCACUCGGCCAGGAAAUACUGAUGAUCCGUCAGGAGGCAACAAAGUUCUUCUGCUGUCAAUUCAGAAUCCUCUUUAUCCAAUCACGGUGGAUGUUUUAUAUACUGUAUGCAACCCUGUUGGAAAAGUGCAACGUAUUGUUAUAUUCAAGAGAAAUGGGAUACAAGCAAUGGUUGAGUUUGAAUCAGUCCUUUGUGCCCAGAAAGCUAAAGCAGCACUUAAUGGAGCAGAUAUAUAUGCUGGAUGUUGCACACUAAAAAUUGAAUAUGCACGGCCAACUCGUCUCAAUGUUAUUAGGAAUGACAAUGACAGUUGGGACUACACUAAACCAUAUUUGGGAAGACGAGAUAGAGGAAAGGGUCGCCAGAGACAAGCCAUUUUGGGAGAACACCCUUCUUCGUUUAGACAUGAUGGCUAUGGAUCCCAUGGUCCAUUAUUACCUUUACCAAGUCGUUACAGAAUGGGCUCUCGAGAUACACCUGAGCUUGUUGCAUAUCCAUUACCGCAGGCUUCUUCCUCUUACAUGCAUGGAGGAAAUCCCUCUGGUUCAGUUGUAAUGGUUAGUGGAUUACAUCAACUGAAAAUGAAUUGUUCAAGAGUCUUCAACCUAUUCUGCUUAUAUGGAAAUAUUGAAAAGGUAAAAUUUAUGAAGACCAUUCCUGGUACAGCACUGGUAGAGAUGGGUGAUGAGUAUGCUGUAGAAAGAGCUGUCACACACCUUAACAAUGUCAAAUUAUUUGGGAAAAGACUUAAUGUUUGUGUAUCUAAACAACAUUCAGUUGUUCCAAGUCAAAUAUUUGAGCUGGAGGAUGGUACAAGUAGCUACAAAGAUUUUGCAAUGAGCAAAAAUAAUCGCUUUACAAGUGCUGGCCAAGCAUCUAAGAAUAUAAUUCAGCCACCCUCAUGUGUGCUGCAUUAUUAUAAUGUUCCACUGUGUGUCACAGAAGAGACCUUCACAAAGUUGUGUAAUGACCAUGAAGUUCUUACGUUCAUCAAAUAUAAAGUGUUUGAUGCAAAACCUUCUGCCAAAACGCUUUCUGGGCUGUUAGAGUGGGAAUGCAAAACUGAUGCAGUAGAAGCCCUUACAGCACUAAAUCACUACCAGAUAAGAGUUCCAAAUGGUUCCAAUCCCUACACAUUGAAGCUUUGCUUUUCUACAUCAUCCCAUUUAUAAGAAGAGAAGAGCAUGUUAGAAUUUAUGUUUACCUUUAUUACAAUUUUAAAGCAACACUUCAUUUAAAAAAAAACCUAAAAUGGUUGAUCUAAUGUUGCCUUGCUUACUUUAAGAUCCUGUUCUGUAAUAAACAAAUAUUUUUGCCUUGAGUAAAUUUGUUGUAAACUUAAAUAUUGAAUUGUUUUCAUUUUAAAAUAGAAUAUCAUAAUGUAGACUAUCUACAGCUUUCUUGUAGAUUACACAAAUAUAUGAUUUCUUAUCUUAUUUUUCUUCCACAGUGAAAAUAUAUUUGCAUUCUUAAUGCUAAUUAUCUGCAAGUAUUUUUCCAUUGUGUAUGAGAUGAAUGCAGGUGAAAGUAUUGCAUUUUAAUAUUAUAGAAUUCCUAUUCUAUGUUUAGAUGUUUUAAGUACGUUGCAGUUAUUCAUAUUAAACAUAACUUGUAUUUAUUGAGUAUUUUAAUCAAGUUUGAGAAUAGCAUUGCAUAUAUUAAGUACUACAGAUUUAGCUGAUUUUAUAUUUCUGAAAGACUAACAGACAUAUGGAUACACUUAUACAGUAUGCACUCAAACUUAUUUAAAUUGGUGUAUUUUUUUUUUUUAAGUCAUUGUCCAUUUGUAUUGACAUGCCUCUGUUUCUAGUUCCAGUUUGGAGAUUUUAUAAAGUUACAGCAAUGAGUUAAUGUGUUCAUCUUCAUUUUCUGCACGUGACUUGAUCUUGAAAACACAUCUGGUAUUUGGCAUUGAAAUUUUAAUAGACGUUAUGAUUAACAGUUCCUCUUCUAGAUAAUCUGAGAUCCAUGGAUGGGCUUUAGGGAGUCUGUGAACCCCCUAAAAUUGUAUGUAGAAUUUUGGGUACUUACAUUUUUAUUUUUUACUCUUGAAUCCGUCAGUAAUACAUGUAUUUUUCUACAUGGUACAAGGUAUAAGGAUCAAAAUUUAUUUUUUUUCCCAAACAGAUAGCUAUUUGUUUCAACACCAUUUAUUAAACAUUCUUUCUCCCACUGGAUUUGUUUUUUUGUUUUUUUUUUUUUUGAGAAUAAUAUAUCUCAUACAAAGGCAAGUUAGUGUAAGGGCUAAACAUGGUAAUUGAGAGACUAUACCAUAUAACACACCCAUUAUCACAGCUUUUUUUAUAAUAGAAAACUGAUGAAAUAAUAGAAAAUUAUUUUCAUCUUUAAAAGAAGGGAGAAUAUGUUUUAUCUACUUAGAAUAACUGUGAAGGCCAUAGUUGGCAAUGGUAGUUUUGUGAUCCUGAGAGUUUUAAACGAGUUUGUAUAUAGAAGUUUCAUUUAGAUCUUUUGUAAAAGCUUUAUUUUGAAUUUUAACAUAAAGGAGGUUGCCUUAAUCCUUUUAGAAAUGAUUCAGGAGUUUAAAAAAUUUUUUUAAUCUGUUGAAUAGAAAGUGUAGAUGGAAAUUAAAUACCCAUUAACCUUUAUUUCUCCUUGAAUUUUGACAACUGUGGACCAAUGUCCCUUUAGCCCUCUAAAGAUCUAGAAAAUUUUAAAUUCCGUCUAGAAACAUUUUAGACCCUUAUCAUGGAAUCCAGUAAGUUAUGCCAAAGGUAACCUGUGUAUGAACUAUAAAUAUAUGAUAUUGGGCUGUGUGUGUUCCUUAUUCAUUGCCAAUUUAAUACCUAAGUUGACCUGACUUUACAAUAAACAAAGCUUUUUUUUUUCUCCCCAUAAA